GAAGUGUUCAUAUGGUUGCUAGCUAGUUGUGCAAGAUAAUUAUAUAUAACCCCGUUGUCUGUGUACGCUGAACAUAUGGAUUGAUCUGAACUGACACGAACAACACUGCUCUGCAAUUUACUCAAGAUACCUAGUUUUAACUCUAGGCCACUGCAGGAACUCGCUAAGUUGAUUCAAAUUUGUGGAAUUUUGGUAGAAAAACGUCGUACAAAGUGCAAUUUUAUAAAGCGGGUAAAAACAGACAGUUUAACAGUAAGUAACGUAUUUUAUUUUAAGAACUUUUUCUAUAAUAGUAAAUACAACUAAAUAAGAUGAGGGGACGUGGAGGUAGGGGUAGAGGACGAGGUGGACGAGGUCGUGGAGGCAGGAGAGGGCGAUCAGGACGCGGAGGUAGGUCGGGCAAUGCUGCGGCAGGGUCCUCGACAGAUGGAGCGUCGCCAGAGAAUAAAGUUGAAGUAAAAGAACUUAGUGUCGACACAGACUUGCAGGCGUUCUUUGUAGGUAAUGCGUCGGUAUCACAACACUACGUCGCCCAAAACCAGAAAGUACAGAGGUAUGCUGCAGGGAUGGCGGUCUUACAGAAGAAUGGCGUUGAGAUCGCACAGAAUGCAAGAAUUCGAUCAUUGGCAGCAGCAUGGGCAAGGAAUGAUUUUGACCUCUCCAACGCAUUCCUAAAAGACCGUGAUAACUUUGGACUGGUUGAGGUUUUGAAAGCACUACAACUAUUAGAUUCAGGACGACAAGCAAGAGUGAAAGAGAAACAGUUGCGCAGACUUCAGAUUUCCACAAACAAAGUGUUACCUAAAACUCUGGGAAAACUGAAGUCUGACAUUGACAACCUGAAUGCAAUAAAAUCACCUUAUGGUACAGCGAGUGGAGCUGUGUGUAAACACAUCCGUAGAUGGGUGCGGACUUUCACUAAAGAAGAGCUGGAAUUUUAUUCACUGUAUUUCCCCAAACAGCCAUGGCAGAAAUUAGCAGAUCUCUGCCACUUCCAUCCAGAGAAGGACUUCCCAGCCCUGCCCUGGUUCCUACCUUAUUGUUAUGGGAAGGAUGCCCCCGAGGACACAAUGUCCUACCGAUGUCAGCACCUGACGGCUGACAACAUUAAUGAGCUGAUUAAAGAGUACCCAAUUCCAUACAGCCUUGUCAAGCAGCACAAGGAUAAACUAACACCAGAGUCAAAGGCUCGCGUUGCUGCCUACGAGCCCAAACUGGACACUAUACUCUGGUAUUACGAGGAUAUUGGCCGGGAUUGUUUAGAUGUUGACAAAAUCAUUAAGGACAGGAUGAAUACAGGCGCUGAAGUGAAGCUUCAGUUGGGGAAGAUGAUGGACCGAUUACUGAUGCUGAAGAUGUACCGUGAAAACAUUCCGACCAACAUGUACUACGGACAGAAGGUGGAACGUAAAGUAGAUGAGAAUAAAGCCCCGUUUAUGGAACAACUUAUAGCAUAUAGCAACAAACGACUAAAAGAAGUCAGUUUAUCUCUCGAGGCUCCUAUCGUUGUGAGCGGAGAUGCCUCAGGUUCGAUGGAGGUUGCUAUAAGGACGAGUAUCAUCAUCUCCGGUAUUCUCACGGCCAUCUGCUCUGCCAAACUGAUCUUCUUCAACAAUACCUUUCGCUACCCGAGCUCUCUACCCACAAAUAUAGAGGAGGUUUUGGAACUGGCCCUGGAAACCAAGGCAGGAGGGGGGACAAGUCCAGCAGCGAGUCUGUGGCCAUAUUAUGAGAAGAAGGAAGUCAUCAAAACCUUCAUUAUGGUGACGGAUGAAGAAGAAAACAGUGGUUUUCAAGGUCACAGAUUCGCAGACCUGUAUCAGAAAUACUGUGAGGAAGUAUAUCCGAUGCGCCUGGUUUUUGUAUCCUUCUUAUAUAACCAGACGUGUGAAGGUCAAAUGGUGAGAGAACUGAAGGCUAAGGGUUACAACCCAUUACAGGUGAAAUUCCAUCGUAGCCAGCCUGAUCUAACAAAACUAGACAAGAUGUUCGGAACACUGUCGUCAGAAUCACUUUCUUUUGAAGAGGAAGUGACAGCCAUGGAAUCAGAUAUCAGAGACCAGGGAUUGGCCAACAUAUUUAAAAUGAGAGACCUUUCUCAGUCUGGGGACAAAAACUGAUCAUACAACAGAGAAUGAUCUGAGAUAUUUAAACAGAGUUAUGCAUAUUUUGUAGUCAAAGUGCAAUCUUCAUAUAGAAGUGAACAAACCAAUGAAAAGGUUUGUUACACCCACCAGACUGUAGUAUCACUAUACAUAUACAUAAAAUGAUCAAUCCUUACCCUAUAUAAAUUAAAAAAGAUUCACUUGGUCACUUUGGUGAAAUCCUGGUUCCACUCCCAUUGGGAUUAUCUCCCUUGAACUCCGUUGUCUGGCUCUCAAUCAAAGUUGGGCAGUGGUAGCAAAUAACUGUAGAACAAAUAUUUUGUUGUUGCUGUCAAUUAACUAGUUACUAAUUAUGUCUCUUAUUAUUAUUGGAGAUGUUUUUGGGAAAAGGUAUUUUUAGCUCGUCUCUUC